AAAUUCUCUGAUACUUUUCAUCCGAGUUUUACCCAGAAUCAGGGGUGAUUUUCUUCCACCGAUCCCUGGGUUUUGAGCUGAUUUCUCUCGUGUCAUCUCCGUAAAUUCAAGAAUGCCGAAAUUGAGACAUUCUCGGUUGCAGGCGAAGAAGCUGCCGACAGCGACGCUUGUAUUAUUCAUGUUGUUUAUGUUAACGGUAGUUUUAUUGAUGCUUUUAGGACUAGGGAUUUUCUCUCUUCCGAUAAACAGUGAUGAUUCUCCGCCCACUGAUCUUACUUCUUAUAGACGCAUGGCCUCUGAAAGAGGAAAAGGCUUGGGGAAAAGAGGGCAGCAGUGGACUGAAAUCCUUUCUUGGGAGCCUAGAGCUUUCAUUUAUCAUAAAUUCUUGUCCAAGGAAGAAUGUGAAUACCUAAUCAGUCUUGCUAAACCUCACAUGGCAAAGUCCACUGUUGUUGAUAGCAAAACAGGGAAAAGUACAGAUAGCAGGGUGCGUACAAGUUCUGGUAUGUUUCUGAGAAGAGGGCAAGAUAAAAUCAUUAGAAACAUAGAAAAAAGGAUAGCUGAUUAUACUUUCAUUCCUGCAGAGCAUGGAGAAGGCCUUCAAGUUCUCCACUAUGAGGUUGGACAGAAAUAUGAUGCACACUUCGAUUACUUCCUUGAUGAAUUCAACACUAAAAAUGGAGGCCAGCGGAUGGCUACUGUGCUUAUGUAUUUGUCAGAUGUUGAAGAAGGAGGUGAGACAAUAUUUCCAGCGGCCAAGGGAAAUGUUAGUGCUGUGCCUUGGUGGAAUGAAUUGUCUGAAUGUGGUAAACAGGGUCUAGCUGUGAAGCCAAAGAUGGGAGAUGCAUUGCUGUUCUGGAGCAUGAGGCCUGAUGCCACACUAGAUCCUUCAAGUUUGCAUGGUGGGUGCCCUGUGAUUUCGGGGAACAAAUGGUCCUCAACAAAGUGGAUUCAUGUUGAAGAAUACAAGGCUUAAGCUGCUGUAUAGAGGAUGACAGGGUACAUCAGUACAUGUUAUAACCGUGCAGUUCUGAGGAAGUGUGAUUGAAGCAACCCCCUUUAGACUCGGGUCCAUCAAUCUCUUUUUGACGGGGCACGGUGUCUCUAGACCUAAUCCUUAGGUUGAGAAGUAAUUGUUCUCGUGUAUUCUGCUGGAAACUAUCGGGUUAAGAGAAUGCGGUUCAUACGUGUUAGGUCCUAUAAAAUCCGAUUGUAAAGUAGCUAAAUAAUAAUGAAUAGAAGUAUCUUGGAGCUAUUGUGAGUCUGGUGGUUUUAAAAUCAAAAGUACGUACUAAAGUUACCGGCUAUUUUGUUGUUAACACACUGAUGUGGCCCAUAGUUCAUAAAAACAGAAACAAGCUGGAUAGACAAAA